AUGUAUACACAGCAGCAGCAGCAGAGGAAACAAGUGAGCAGCAGCAACAGCGUCAGUGAAAACAUGGCGGUGGUUCGCUGUGCCGCUGUCCGUCUCUGUCCUCUGGCAGGACGAGCUGUCACCUUCGUGUCCGCCGCUCACAGCAGGCGGACCGUCGGCCUGUCAGCGAGGAGAGGCUACGUGUUCACCACCACGGGGAGCAAUCUGCAGUUCAGGCUUGAUGAGCGAACAGCCCACAGUAGUCUGGACCUCUUCAAGAAAGACACAGGUGUUAUCUACCGUAUCCUGGGUCUAGACCCCAGCAAAGUGCAAGACAACCCAGAGCGUUUCCGAGACUGGGCCGUCGUCUUCGGUGAUGAGAAGAUCGGUGGCGGGCGACACUACUGGGAGGUGACGGUCAGAAAGUCACAAGAGUUUCGUCUUGGAGUGGCCGAAGCGUCGAUGUCCAGGGACGACUGCGUGGGCACCGACAGCUCCUCCUGGGUGUUCGGCUACGCUCAGCGCAAGUGGUUUGCCAUGACCAGCAAUAAGAUAGUUCCUGUGAUGCUGGUAGGAAAGCCGGACCGUGUCGGCAUCCUGCUCGACUACGAAGCAGGGCUCUUGGGGCUGGUGGACGUUGAGAAUCCCAGGAUCAUUCACAACUUCAAAGCUAAAUUCAACGCUCCUCUCUGCCCUGCGUUUGGACUUUGGGACGGGGAGCUGCUCACACACUCUGGUCUGGAGGAGCCUGAAGGCCUGAAGUGAGGCUAUGAUUGUUGGCUGCAUUUGUUAGCAGGGCUUCAUUUAUCACAGUGUCAUUUUGCAGGAAAAUGCACAUUAUCGUCCUUGGAAAUGAUUCACAGAAUAACCAAAAGUGCUGGUUAUGUUUCUGUGGGCAACAAGGGACUCUAGGCAAUGUAUGUUCUUACGUUGCAUUGUAUUCAAACCCCUCCCCUUCAUCAAUCUACAGCCCAUGAUAAGUGCAGCAACAUAAAAAAAUAUGAAUGCAGUGGUGCUUUCGUAUUUGACAAAUGUUUUUCAGCCUCAGGCCUUCAGACGUUUUCAUUAGUACCUCAUAUAUUACCUCUCACAAUAUCUGAUGUGAAGAAGAGGGUGUGUUCUUUGAGAAUGUUGACUUUGUUAUUUUCUUCUUUUUUUUUUUACACUUUGUAAUCACAUUUCAGUCACAAAACUUAAGUCUCUGCAAAACCUUUCUCCAGCCUCAUGUUCAUACUGCAUUGUUUAUAAAACAAAAUCACUGAAAAUA